AUGUCGGGCCUUGAGAUUGCUAGCGUUGUUCUUGCAGUGAUACCACUACUUGUCCCGGCGCUCGAUCUGUACAAAAAUGGUCUCAGCCGCACUUCCGUCUUCUUUCGUCGGAGAAAGCAUGUGGAAAAGCUCAUCCAUGCUUUGCAUCUUCAGAAAACAUUGUUAACGGAGAACGUGCGAUCGUUGUUAAUCAGGGUUGUAAGUGACGUCGAUGAUAUACCGGAAGACCCGCAAGAGUUGUUCGAGCUACUCCGCAACAACGACGAUUUAAAGGAAAGGGUUGAUGCCUACCUUGGCAUAGAGACGAACGAGCUUUACAAACAUGCGGUAGUAACUUGUGAGGAGGUUUUCCGCAAUAUCGCUGCUCAUAUCGAGGGCUUCCUACCGGCAGGACAACUGUCGAAGCCUGGAAGUCUGAGUGCUUUCGUCCAAGCCAAUGAACCUUCAGCAGGCAACAGCUUCAAUCUGAAAGCGCGCUUCAACUUGACUCUGGGUCGCACGGAUGUUGAUAAGAGCAUCCAGGAGCUUGACCGAUCUAUUUCUGUUCUCGAACGACUUUCUGCUGCGGUGGCGGCCAAUCGAGAUGCGACUGAAGAGUCUAUUUCACGUACAGCCACCAAAUUUGCAUCGACCCUUGCGACAACCAGGGACAAUGCUGUGAGGCUGUACUCGGCGAUUGCCAGCGGAUGGACCUGCAAGUUUCACAAAUUCCAUGAAGUCAAGCUGAGCCUUGACCGAAGGCCUCCAGCUCUCACUCGUGCUACUCUCAAAGCAAAUCAAUCCAUGACCAAGGAACCAGUGUUCGAGGUUUGUUUUCGAUGCGAUCGGCCCCAGGAUGAUAUACUUUGGCUUGAGAGUAAGGUCGAGAUGCUCGAAGACCCUCACCUCAACCCAUCGGCAACCAACGUGACACAGAAAUCAACUAAGUCUAGCUCGCGUUCAAAGGUUACGGUCAUAGUCACUUCAAAUGCUAAAGCUCUUCCGCCUACUUCUCGAAAGGUGGAUUGCUUAUGCUCCUCCUUACACUACGCAAUUACUGCCAACAAGAUGCUGCACCUGUACAUUGCCUCUCAGACAAAUAUUCAUUGUGACCACCACCAAUGCCUCUCACCUUCUGCUGCUAGAAAAUUCGACGUGUGUUCCUUGCAAGAGUUCCUCUCGAUUCAGGGAGGUCAUCAUAGGAGGAUUGCGUUGAGGGAUCGAAUGAUGUUGGCGUUGACACUUGCGAUUGGUCUGCUACAACUGUACGAAACACCAUGGCUGUACGACAGCUGGUCGAAAGAAACCAUUCAAUUUAUGAAGACACCAGGAGGAAAUGGCGAAAGCGUAUCGGCCAUGGACAUUGACUUCACCAAACCGUUAAUCUCCUGCAAGUUUUCUUCCCAGUCCUAUAGUUCAGCGAAGCACCCGCAACCCAAGGAGGCACUCCUUGAACUCGGUGUCAUGCUGCUUGAGCUCUGGCAUGAGAAAACGAUCGAGGAUCAAUUCCCCGGAACACUCGUUCCGGCCGAUUAUUGGGGCAAGCUCCGGCUGGCGUGGAUCUGGCUUGAUGACACGACAAACCCCUUGCUCCCACAGUAUCGGCUUGCAGUGGUACAGUGUAUUAAGUGCUUCUUCGGUGGCGGAUUCUGCAGUCCUAGCUGGAAUGAUUUUGAAUUUCGAAAGGCGUUAGUCAAGGAUAUGGUCGAGCCAUUGCAUGAGAAUUGCAAGCCAUGGUUAAAGAGUAGUUUCACUCAUGUAUGA